AGGCAAGACAAUCAAAUAUCAAUAUUCUAUUAUUCAAAAACUAUUAGUUAAAGUAUUAUUAGUUUUUAUUUUUUAGUUAUUACACUAAAGCUUCGUAGGUAACUGGUAAACGUAUUAAUUAUUAAGUACACGGUAAUACGGUAUUGAAUCGUAUAUUAUUUAUUAUUUAUUUUUUACCAAGUUUGCAUUUUGUGAUCAGUUUUUGACUAAUCAUGUCCGCUCAAUGUGAGAAAGUAAACUCUACUAGUCCAGCCUACGAGUUUGGUCCUAAAUUAAAGCUGUUGCGCUCCAAUGACCAGGUCCGAGAACUGCAGACCAUACUUAGAGACAAAAACACAAGUCGAACGGAUUUCAAAUUUUAUGCUGACCGUCUUAUUCGUCUAGUCAUUGAGGAAAGCUUAAACCAGUUACCAUUUGAUACUUGUAUGGUUAUGACACCUACUGGUAAUUACUACAAAGGUACCAAAUACCAAAGAGGUAACUGUGGUGUCAGUAUUGUACGUAGUGGGGAGGCUAUGGAACAAGGUCUACGAGACUGUUGUCGAUCGAUACGCAUUGGUAAAAUAUUGGUAGAAUCAGAUUCAGAUACUCAUGAAGCCCGUGUGGUAUAUGCAAAAUUUCCUCAUGAUAUAGCUGAUAGGAAAGUUUUAUUAAUGUAUCCAAUAAUGAGUACUGGUAAUACUGUUAUUAAAGCAGUAAAUGUAUUAAAGGAACAUCGGGUGGCUGAAGACAAUAUAAUUCUAUCAAACUUAUUUACUACACCUAUUGCUGCUCAAACUAUAACCACAGCAUUCCCAUUGAUGACCAUACUAACAUCAGAACUUUAUCACAUCGCGCCCAAUCAUUUUGGCCAAAAAUAUUUUGGUACUGAUUAAAUAUGUUAUUUAAUUUAUUAUUAAUAUUUGCACAACAUUACAUUUUUGGUAAGUAAGACUUUUACCAUGCAAAUUACAAUGUGACCAAUUUAAACAGACUUAAUUAUAUAUUUUUUUUUCAACAAUUUUUUCCUAUCGGUCAAUUUUAAUCAUAAGAUACAAUUUACAACAUCUUAUAACUUUAUUUCGACAAUUUUUGUUAUUGUUAUUACAUAGAUAGGUAAUUAAUUAUAAUUUUGUUCUAAGAACUUUUAUAUUUCGACUGAAAUGUAUUCAAUAUAAAGCUGUUUAUUUACAGUAUUAAAUUUGAAUAAAUGAUUUAAUUUUAA